AUGAAGACCAUAUUUUCUCCCCUUUAGAAUAAAUCAGAGUCGAGGAGAGAAGAGAGCGAACCCUAAUUUCCGAUGCAGAAUCUGAGAUCCGUCUUUGCGAAGGUUUACCGCGGAGGGAGAUCCAUGGGGUCUCCCCAUGCUCGCAAUUUCUCUUCACCGCCUGGUAUCAGCAAUGAAUCGAGUAUAGUCUGGUGGCUAAUAGUUCGAGGAAUAGGAGCGUCUGUGGGAUAUAUCACGGGUCCUUAUUUAUUUGACGAUUCAGCCUCGGAACUUGAGAAGCACAAUAAUGAGUUGUUGAGGGAUUGUGAGGAAUACUUGGAGAGGACGGAAAAGUUGUGGUCUGAUAGGGUAGGCCGCCACAACUUGAUGGCAGGAAGAAAGAGGCAGUGAUGGUUACUUCAUGAAGGAAACGAAUAAUCUUAAUUAUCUUUUCAUGCUUUGAGUCACUAUGAUUAAGGAAAUUGCGUUGUUUGCUUUUCUUAACCUUAAGAUAUACUCUAUUUGUGUGUUUGAUGAUUUCUUUUUCCCUGAAUGUAACUGCUCUGGUACAAGUAAGAGAAUCUGUUUAUGUGAAUUAAUAUGAUGCUUGGCUUAUGGUUAA